CCUCUUCACUGUGAAGUGAUCUCGAAAGAAUUCGUGAUGGCUUCGUCUAUCGUAAUUAGAAGAAAUCAACAUAAUAUUCGGUGCUUCGGUCGUACUUUAGUAACCAGCACUCAUCAUCAUUUGAGUUCUUUGCUGAACCCAUCAUCAUCAGUAUUACCUUCCAGUGAAAUGUUAACUAGGGUUUCUGAUGGUCUCAUUCCACAAUCUAAACCGGUUGUUUCUCUAAUUGGACAAAAAUAUGGUGCUUUGAGUUUGUAUAAUAGGUACUUAUGUACUAAGCCUGAAACCCCUAAAUUGAAGAACCUUAUAGAAGAUGCUGGGAAGAGUAAAGAAAAUGGAGGUGAAACUGAUGAUUCAUCAUCUCACCAGCAGCAGCAGACUGAUCAAAAUGCUAGGAAGUCAGUACGAGGCGCUCCGGUUUCAUGGUUGAGUUUUUUCUUACUGCUAGUAACUGGAGGAGGAGUUCUGUAUUAUUUUGAGCAGGAGAAGAAACGGCAUAUAGAAGGUAUACAUAAAGCCUCCACUGCCGUUCAACAAGGACCAUCAGCUGGAAAAGCAAAUAUUGGUGGUGAAUUCAAGCUUGUUAACCAAGAUGGAAAAUAUGUCACGGAUAAGGAUUUUAAGGGAAACUGGAAUUUGAUUUAUUUUGGUUUCACUCAUUGUCCGGAUAUUUGUCCAGAUGAGCUAAUAAAACUUUCAGCUGCAAUAGACAAAAUAAAGGAAAAAUCAGGUUAUGAAAUUGUACCUAUAUUUAUAUCAGUCGAUCCUGAGAGAGAUACUGUUGAGCAAGUCGGUGAAUAUGUCAAAGAAUUCCAUCCUAAGAUAAUCGGGUUAACUGGUACUGUGGAUGAAGUAAAGAAAGCUGCUCGUGCUUAUCGAGUUUAUUAUAUGAAAACAGAAGAGGAAGGCUCAGACUACCUUGUGGAUCAUUCUAUUAUCAUGUAUUUGAUGAACCCUGAGAUGGAAUUCACAAAAUAUUUUGGAAAGAAUGAAAAUGUGGAUUCACUUACUGAUGGCAUAAUUCACGAGGUUAAGAUGUACAGCCAAAGUAAAAGUCUCUUUGCGCGUCUUUUCAAUUUGUGAUUCUCAUGAAUCACAGGGAUGAUGGCUUCCUCCUUAAAUUUUGUCAGGUUAUGAGAUUGAUAUGAAUGACCAACAUUAUCUUUCGCUUAUUUACCCAUUUGUUAGAACUGAUGUUAUACAACAGAAAUUUACAAAGAAUAAUUGACCAUCAUUUUUUUAGUGACAAAAGGUUGCGCCAUGGAUAUGUAUUAUCUUUCUGAAUAGCUCUUCUACAUGGUGUUUACUUGUAUUUUUGUCUUUACUGAAUUCCAUCUGAAAUGGAGAGUGCCUGAACUUUGUCUCAGCUUGUGAUAUCUCUCAGAGCUAUUAUUAUGCAUGUUGGAACCUAGAAGUGUCCCAGAGAGCGGAUCUAUCCUUUGGGCUUUGGGCCUAUGGCUAUAUUUCCACAUUUCUGAUGAGCCAUUGCCUGUAAUCCUGGAGAUGAAUUGGUAUUCUCAAAUCUCAAUGUUUCUAGGUACCCAAAACUUACCGUAUGGAGCUCCGCACACAAGUUUCGAUUGGCCAAACAUCGGAGUCAAGAGAAAAUAAUCAAAUCUGAAAAAAUAUCCAAACCUGACAACACCAAACGGAAUGAAAAUCCUACGGCGAUAGGAGAGCUCUGUCAUCAUGGGCCUCAUGGGCAACCUGUCACACAAGCCCGAAGCUAUCCUCUUCUGUUAUCCGUUUAUUUUUUCUCCAGCUAAAAUCUUCUUCCUCUCUUUCUAUCUACACAGUUAGUGACUGAACUGAAUUUGUAAAGGUUAAGGUCGUCAAUGGCGACCGUACUGAACUUAUCAUCUAUAAGAGUAUCAAACAAAGGAGGAGCUGUUCGCCUUUUAAAUAAAUCUUCUUCUGUUUUCAGACCAAAUUCUAUUUCUCUCACUAG